CUACCAAAAAAGCUGAGUUCAAAAGUUUAUCUUGAUUCUAAACAAGUUCUCUCCAUAUCUGCGCCAUGGCUUGUUGGGUUUAAUCCCACCGAGGAGAUAUUCAUAAAAAGAACCCACAAAACUUCCAGUGAAAUCAGUUGACGCAGAUCAAGCAAGGCUUUUGCAAGUGAACGGAAAAUAACGAUACAAAAAUAAAAAUAAUUAAUUCAGAAACAAUGUUAAAAUUAAAUUUAUUUAUUUCCCUUUUGAUAUUUGGCUCCCUGAUUGCUGUGAAUGAUGCGGCCCGUGGUUCGCGCAGAGGAAAAAUGACCGAGGCACCAUCCACAACACCCAAAGUUGAGAGCAGUGAGGAAAACUCCAGUGAGGAGGAGACCUUUAAAAUUCUGGUAACCCAUCCUGAAGUUCCCCAGGAGGCUUUGGAUUUAAUGAGUCGCGGCUGCAAACUGAUUAUGUGCGAAAGCUUGCCACCAAAUCGCACGGAAAUCCUGCAAAAAGCCAAGGGUGUCCAUGGUAUGUUCUGGGGCUCCCACAUUCCUCUCGACAAGGAAGUCUUGGAUGUUGCUGGACCCCAAUUGAAAUCGAUUUCCACCAUGUCAGCUGGCAUUGAUUAUGUCGAUGUUGAAGAACUCAAGAAACGAAAAAUUCCCCUCGGCCACACACCCAUUGUGCUGAGUGAUGCUGUUGCUGAUUUGGCUAUGGGUUUAAUGUUAUCUGCUGCCCGCCGCUUCCAUGAAGGUCGCACUAAAAUUGAUAGUUCCACUUGGGAAAAUUAUCACAUCGAAUGGAUGUGGGGUCAAGACGUACGCGACUCAACGGUGGGUUUCUUUGGUUUUGGCAGCAUUGGCCAGGCCAUUGCCAAGCGUUUGAAGGGUUUCGAUAUUGAGCGUGUACUCUACACCACCCGUCGUCCCAUCGACAAGAAACUGGAAAAGCAAUUCAAUGCCCAGAAGGUGGAAUUCCAUGAGCUGUUGGGUCAAAGUGAUUUCUUGUUUAUUGCCGCUCCCCUCACCCCCGAAACUGAGGGUAUUUUCAAUUCGACUGCAUUCCCCAAAAUGAAAAAGACCGCCGUUUUGAUUAAUAUUGCCCGUGGACCCAUUGUCAAUCAGGAUGAUCUGUACACUGCCUUGAAAACAAAUCAAAUCUUUUCGGCCGGCAUUGAUGUCAUGAAUCCAGAACCCUUACCAGCCAACGAUAAAUUGUUGACUUUGCCAAAUAUUGUCAUUACGCCGCACAUUGGAUCGGCCACAAAGCGCACGCGCACCGACAUGGCCACCAUUGCUGCUCACAACGUCUUGAGAGGUCUGGUCGGAGAGCCAAUGUUGUCGCCGGCAUAUUAAAUGCCACUAAAAACAAAUCAGCACCUGGACAAAGUAAUGAAAACCAAGUGGAUGCCGGCCGUUUUGGAAUGAUGGAGAACUGGUUGCGAGGAAUCAAUUGAAGUUUAUGUAAAAAAAAAAACAAUUUAUUUGCAGUUGUCAGUUAUUUUUUUCUUGAAUAAAAUAACAAGAAACUAUGCGUCCAAACAA